AGAGAGAGAGAGAGAGAGAGAGAGAGAGAGAGAGAGAGAGAGAGAGAGAGAGAGACUCUAGCCAACAUUACAGAAGAUAUGUGUGACGUCUUUUUUUAAUCACACAUCUAAAAAGGAAGUGUUGUGUUUCAGAUCGCUUUAACACACACACACAGCAGCUGCUACUUCUCCUGGCUCUCUGUACCCUCAGCCAGUCUGUUGUUGACCUGUCAGUGAGCAUGUCGGGUAGUAUUAGUGUUUGGAGGGUAGUGAGCUGGAUGGUGCUGGGCAUGGUUCUGGGGCUCAGUGGUGGGGGCUCAGCCCUGAAGAUCUGCACCUUCAACAUCCAGUCCUUUGGAGAGAAGAAAAUAGAGAAGCCAGAGGUGGUUGAUGUCAUAUUGGCUCUGAUCGCUCGCUGUGACAUCAUGCUGGUGAUGGAGAUUAAAGAUCUCAGUGCGAAGGCUUUCCCUCAGCUCAUGACUCAACUCAACAGUGACUACAGCUCCAGGAAGAAUGAGUAUAACUAUGUGAUCAGUGACAGACUGGGACGUAAGUCCUACAAGGAGCAGUACGCCUUUAUAUACAGACAGAGGCUGGUGUCAGUGAAGGAAGUGUACCAGUACCCUGACACCCAACCUGGAGAUGAGGAUGCCUUCUCCAGGGAACCUUUCAUCGUCUGGUUCUCUUCCCCCAAAACAGCCGUCCAGGACUUUGUGAUCAUCCCGAUCCACACCACUCCAGAGACGUCCGUCAGGGAGAUAAAUGAACUGUAUGAUGUGUUUCAAGAUGUCAAACAACGAUGGACCUCAAAGAAUGUGAUCAUCAUGGGCGACUUCAAUGCGGCCUGCGGCUACGUACCCAAGAAGCAGUGGAGCAGCAUCCGCCUGCGGUCUGACAGCAGCUUCCUGUGGCUGACGGGUGACAACAUCGACACCACCGUCAAGGAGUCCACAGACUGUGCCUAUGACAGGGUUGUCCUCCACGGGGACAAGAUGAUCCAGGCAGUCAACCCAACCUCUCUGGAUGUGUUUGACUUCAGACGGGCCUACGGACUAACCGAGCUACAGGCCCUGGCGGUGAGUGACCACUACCCAGUGUGCAUCACUGUGAAGGCCGCUCCGAGGAAUAAGGGUUAACGUCUUGUCCUCGUAACGGUACCAUCCUGACAACGUCUCGGUGUCCAUCGGUGGUCUGUGUGCGUCCUGCAGUGUUUGCUUUGCUCCAGUCCAGAGCCAUCAAGCUAAAGCUAAAUUAAUCAAUUAAUCCCAGAAGCAUGGUCACUGAGCUGCACUGUGUGCUUCAAGGUUAUUAUAGUUUUGUGUUUUAUAUUAGUUUUUAUUUCUAUUAGUAUUUUUUUUUUACUUAAUCUAGUAGUUUUUAUUCUAUUUGAGUUUUCUAAAAACAUUUCUAUUUGGUUUUUGAUAUGAUUUAGUUUUAGUGUUAGCCUGGGUGGCUAAUAGCUAGGAGGCAUGUAUGUGUUGUAGGUUGUAUUUCUAGUAGUCUCAGACCUAGAUUAUAGAUUAUUACAGAUUGCAUUACAGAUUAGAUGAUUACAGACCUAGACCAACAGACCUAGACCCAGAGCAACAGACCUAGAGCAACAGACCCAGAGCAACAGACCUAGACCCAGAGCAACAGACCUAGAGCAACAGACCUAGACCUAGAGCAACAGACCUAGAGCAACAGACCCAGAGCAACAGACCCAGAGCAACAGACCCAGAGCAACAGACCCAGAGCAACAGACCUAGACCCAGAGCAACAGACCUAGAGCAACAGACCCAGAGCAACAGACCUAGACCCAGAGCAACAGACCUAUAGCAACAGACCCAGAGCAACAGACCUAGAGCAACAGACCCAGAGCAACAGACCCAGAGCAACAGACCCAGAGCAACAGACCCAGAGCAACAGACCUAGACCCAGAGCAACAGACCUAGAGCAACAGACCCAGAGCAACAGACCUAGACCCAGAGCAACAGACCUAUAGCAACAGACCCAGAGCAACAGACCUAGACCCAGAGCAACAGACCUAGAGCAACAGACCCAGAGCAACAGACCCAGAGCAACAGACCUAGAGCAACAGACCUAGAGCAACAGACCUAGAGCAACAGACCCAGAGCAACAGACCCAGAGCAACCGACCUAGAGCAACAGACCUAGACAUAGAGCACCAGACCCAGAGCAACAGACCCAGAGCAACAGACCCAGAGCAACAGACCUAGAGCAACAGACCUAGAGCAACAGACCUAGAGCAACAGACCUAUAACAACAGACCUAGAGCAACAGACCCAGAGCAACAGACCCAAAGCAACAGACCCAGAGCAACAGACCCAGAGCAACAGACCCAGAGCAACAGACCCAGAGCAACAGACCUAGACCUAGAGCAACAGACCUAGAGCAACAGAUCUAGACCUAGAGCAACAGACCUAGAGCAACAUACCUAGAGCAACAGACCUAUAACAACAGACCUGGACAUAGAGCACCAGACCCAGAGCAACAGACCUAGAGCAACAUACCUAGACCUAGAGCAACAGACCCAGAGCAACAGACCCAGAGCAACAGACCUAGAGCAACAGACCCAGAGCAACAGACCUAGAGCAACAGACCCAGAGCAACAGACCUAGAGCAACAGACCCAGAGCAACAGACCUAGAGCAACAGACCCAGAGCAACAGACCCAGAGCAACAGACCUAGAGCAACAGACCCAGAGCAACAGACCUAGAGCAACAGACCCAGAGCAACAGACCCAGAGCAACCGACCUAGAGCAACAGACCUAGACCCAGAGCAACAGACCCAGAACAACAGACCCAGAGCAACCGACCUAGACCUAGAGCAACAGACCCAGAACAACAGACCUAGACCCAGAGCAACAGACCCAGAGCAUUUCACCUUUAUUUAACCAGGUAGGCCAGUUGAGAACAAGAUCUCAUUUACAAUUAUGACCUGGCCAAGAUAAAGCAAAGCAGUUCGACACAUACAACAACACAGAGUUACCCAUGGAGUAAAACAAAACAUACAGUCAAUAAUACAGUAGAAACAAGUAGUGAAGCUAGGCCUAUUGAAACAGACCUAGAGCAGCAGUACUAUGUCUGGGGAGGAUGUCUAGGCCUAUAACAGCAGCACUAUGUCUGGGGAGGAUGUCUAGGCCUAUUGAAUCAGACCUAUAACAGCAGCACUAUGUCUGGGGAGGAUGUCUAGGCCUAGAGCAGCAGCACUAUGUCUGGGGAGGACGUCUAGGCCUAGAGCAGCAGCACUAUGUCUGGGGAGGAUGUCUAGGCCUAUAACAGCAGCACUAUGUCUGGGGAGGAUGUCUAGGCCUAUAACAGCAGCACUAUGUCUGGGGAGGAUGUCUAGGCCUAUUGAAACAGCCCUAUAACAGCAGCACUAUGUCUGGGGAGGAUGUCUAGGCCUAUUGAAAUAGACCUAUAACAGCAGUACUAUGUCUGGGGAGGAUGUCUAGGCCUAUUGAAAUAGACCUAUAACAGCAGCACUAUGUCUGGGGAGGAUGUCUAGGCCUAUAACAGCAGCACUAUGUCUGGGGAGGAUGUCUAGACCUAUUGAAACAGACCUAUAACAGCAGCACUAUGUCUGGGGAGGAUGUCUAGACCUAUAACAGCAGUACUAUGUCUGGGGAGGAUGUCUAGGCCUAUUGAAACAGACCUAUAACAGCAGCACUAUGUCUGGGGAGGAUGUCUAGGCAUAUUGAAACAGACCUAUAACAGCAGCACUAUGUCUGGGGAGGAUGUCUAGGCCUAGAGCAGCAGCACUAUGUCUGGGGAGGAUGUCUAGGCCUAGAGCAGCAGCACUAUGUCUGGGGAGGAUGUCUAGGCCUAUAACAGCAGCACUAUGUCUGGGGAGGAUGUCUAGGCCUAGAGCAGCAGCACUAUGUCUGGGGAGGAUGUCUAGGCCUAUAACAGCAGCACUAUGUCUGGGGAGGAUGUCUAGGCCUAUAACAGCAGUACUAUGUCUGGGGAGGAUGUCUAGGCCUAUUGAAACAGACCUAUAACAGCAGCACUAUGUCUGGGGAGGAUGUCUAGGCCUAUAACAGCAGCACUAUGUCUGGGGAGGAUGUCUAGGCCUAUAACAGCAGUACUAUGUCUGGGGAGGAUGUCUAGGCCUAUAACAGCAGUACUAUGUCUGGGGAGGAUGUCUAGGUCUAUUGAAACAGACCUAUAACAGCAGCACUAUGUCUGGGGAGGAUGUCUAGGCCUAUUGAAACAGCACUAUGUCUGGGGAGGAUGUCUAGGCCUAUAACAGCAGUACUAUGUCUGGGGAGGAUGUCUAGACCUAUAACAGCAGCACUAUGUCUGGGGAGGAUGUCUAGACCUAUAACAGCAGCACUAUGUCUGGGGAGGAUGUCUAGACCUAUAACAGCAGCACUAUGUCUGGGGAGGAUGUCUAGGCCUAUAACAGCAGUACUAUGUCUGGGGAGGAUGUCUAGGCCUAUUGAAACAGUACUAUGUCUGGGGAGGAUGUCUAGACCUAUAACAGCAGCACUAUGUCUGGGGAGGAUGUCUAGGCCUAUUGAAACAGACCUAUAACAGCAGCACUAUGUCUGGGGAGGAUGUCUAGGCCUAUAACAGCAGUACUAUGUCUGGGGAGGAUGUCUAGACCUAUUGAAACAGACCUAUAACAGCAGUACUAUGUCUGGGGAGGAUGUCUAGGCCUAUUGAAACAGACCUAUAACAGCAGUACUAUGUCUGGGGAGGAUGUCUAGGCCUAUUGAAACAGACCUAUAACAGCAGUACUAUGUCUGGGGAGGAUGUCUAGGCCUAUAACAGCAGUACUAUGUCUGGGGAGGAUGUCUAGGCCUAUAACAGCAGCACUAUGUCUGGGGAGGAUGUCUAGGCCUAUAACAGCAGCACUAUGUCUGGGGAGGAUGUCUAGGCCUAUAACAGCAGCACUAUGUCUGGGGAGGAUGUCUAGGCCUAUUGAAACAGACCUAUAACAGCAGCACUAUGUCUGGGGAGGAUGUCUAGGCCUAUAACAGCAGUACUAUGUCUGGGGAGGAUGUCUAGGCCUAUUGAAACAGACCUAUAACAGCAGCACUAUGUCUGGGGAGGAUGUCUCGGUCUAUUGAAACAGACCUAUAACAGCAGCACUAUGUCUGGGGAGGAUGUCUAGGCCUAUAACAGCAGUACUAUGUCUGGGGAGGAUGUCUAUGGGCCUAUAACAGCAGUACUAUGUCUGGGGAGGAUGUCUAGGCCUAUUGAAACAGACCUAUAACAGCAGCACUAUGUCUGGGGAGGAUGUCUAGGCCUAUAACAGCAGUACUAUGUCUGGGGAGGAUGUCUAGGCCUAUAACAGCAGUACUAUGUCUGGGGAGGAUGUCUAGGCCUAUAACAGCAGCACUAUGUCUGGGGAGGAUGUCUAGGCCUAUAACAGCAGCACUAUGUCUGGGGAGGAUGUCUAGGCCUAUAACAGCAGCACUAUGUCUGGGGAGGAUAUCUAGGCCUAUUGAAACAGUACUAUGUCUGGGGAGGAUGUCUCGACCUAUAACAGCAGCACUAUGUCUGGGGAGGAUGUCUAGGCCUAUUGAAACAGACCUAUAACAGCAGCACUAUGUCUGGGGAGGAUGUCUAGGCCUAUAACAGCAGUACUAUGUCUGGGGAGGAUGUCUAGGCCUAUUGAAACAGACCUAUAACAGCAGUACUAUGUCUGGGGAGGAUGUCUAGGCCUAUAACAGCAGUACUAUGUCUGGGGAGGAUGUCUAGGCCUAUAACAGCAGUACUAUGUCUGGGGGGGAUGUCUAGGCCUAUUGAAACAGACCUAUAACAGCAGCACUAUGUCUGGGGAGGAUGUCUAGGCCUAUAACAGCAGCACUAUGUCUGGGGAGGAUGUCUAGGCCUAUAACAGCAGCACUAUGUCUGGGGAGGAUGUCUAGGCCUAUUGAAACAGACCUAUAACAGCAGCACUAUGUCUGGGGAGGAUGUCUAGGCCUAUAACAGCAGCACUAUGUCUGGGGAGGAUGUCUAGGCCUAUAACAGCAGCACUAUGUCUGGGGAGGAUGUCUAGGCCUAUAACAGCAGCACUAUGUCUGGGGAGGAUGUCUAGGCCUAUAACAGCAGUACUAUGUCUGGGGAGGAUGUCUAGGCCUAUUGAAACAGACCUAUAACAGCAGCACUAUGUCUGGGGAGGAUGUCUAAGCCUAUAACAGCAGUACUAUGUCUGGGGAGGAUGUCUAGGCCUAUAACAGCAGUAUUAUGUCUGGGGAGGAUGUCUAGGCCUAUUGAAACAGACCUAUAACAGCAGCACUAUGUCUGGGGAGGAUGUCUAGGCCUAUAACAGCAGUACUAUGUCUGGGGAGGAUGUCUAGGCCUAUAACAGCAGUACUAUGUCUGGGGAGGAUGUCUAGGCCUAUUGAAACAGACCUAUAACAGCAGCACUAUGUCUUGGGAGGAUGUCUAGGCCUAUUGAAACAGACCUAUAACAGCAGCACUAUGUCUGGGGAGGAUGUCUAGGCCUAUAACAGCAGCACUAUGUCUGGGGAGGAUGUCUAGGCCUAUAACAGCAGUACUAUGUCUGGGGAGGAUGUCUAGGCCUAUUUAAACAGACCUAUAACAGCAGCACUAUGUCUGGGGAGGAUGUCUAGGCCUAUAACAGCAGUACUAUAUCUGGGGAGGAUGUCUAGGCCUAUAACAGCAGCACUAUGUCUGGGGAGGAUGUCUAGGCCUAUAACAGCAGCACUAUGUCUGGGGAGGAUGUCUAGGCCUAUAACAGCAGUACUAUGUCUGGGGAGGAUGUCUAGGCCUAUUGAAACAGACCUAUAACAGCAGCACUAUGUCUGGGGAGGAUGUCUAGGCCUAUAACAGCAGCACUAUGUCUGGGGAGGAUGUCUAGGUCUAUUGAAACAGACCUAUAACAGCAGCACUAUGUCUGGGGAGGAUGUCUAGGCCUAUAACAGCAGUACUAUGUCUGGGGAGGAUGUCUAGGCCUAUAACAGCAGUACUAUGUCUGGGGAGGAUGUCUAGGCCUAUAACAGCAGUACUAUGUCUGGGGAGGAUGUCUAGGCCUAUAACAGCAGUACUAUGUCUGGGGAGGAUGUCUAGGCCUAUUGAAACAGUACUAUGUCUGGGGAGGAUGUCUAGGCCUAUUGAAACAGACCUAUAACAGCAGCACUAUGUCUGGGGAGGAUGUCUAGGCCUAUUGAAACAGUACUAUGUCUGGGGAGAAUGUCUAGGCCUAUUGAAACAGUACUAUGUCUGGGGAGGAUGUCUAGGCCUAUAACAGCAGCACUAUGUCUGGGGAGGAUGUCUAGGCCUAUAACAGCAGUACUAUGUCUGGGGAGGAUGUCUAGGCCUAUAACAGCAGCACUAUGUCUGGGGAGGAUGUCUAGGUCUAUUGAAACAUUACCUGACAGAUUCAGAAGCUUGAAAAA